AUGAAUGGAGGAGUAAUGCAGCCCGAUUACGAAAAAUGUCGGAUUACGGAGAUGGGGAAGGAAUACUACGGUGAAGAGAACACGACAGAAACAGGGAAGGAUUGCGAAAUCUGGCCCAAUGAGAUGGACGACGAUUUUCCAAUAUCACUUUUUUCCCACCUACCAUUCCAAGAUCGCCAGCCAUUUGGACCGACUCAGAAGAUCCGGAAAUUUUUUUUCCGAUGGACGGAGUUAGUAGAACCAAACAAACAAAUCUCAGAAGAAAAUAACUACUGCCGGAAUUAUGGUUCUAUGGAGCGACCCUGGUGCCUCGUUUCCAUGGCGAACUUUACCUGGGAGUACUGUGACAUCCCGCUCUGCUAUGGUCCCAAAGUAAGUAUUGCCUCCUUAUUCAAACUGGAGGACCGAUGGUUGAACAAAGCGUGCUCAAUCCUGACUGGUAGCAAGGCCGGUCGACAAAUCCCUUCGCUGGUUCUCUGCAUAGAUCCUGCAGAAUGCAAACAAACGGAAUCUGGACGAGAGUACUUAGGGUUGAAGAACGUGACACGGUCGGGGAAGAAGUGCCAGCCCUGGCUGAGCCAAACGCCAAACCAACAUAUGACCAUCCUCCACCUGCCGGUAUUCCCAGAUUCUGGCAUGGACAGUCGUCACAACUACUGUCGAAACCCCGAUCUCGAAAAGGAGGGACCUUGGUGUUACAAUGGAGAGGGUACCAAUCCUGCAUGGGAAUAUUGCGACAUUGAGUUUUGCAAGGGGAUGAAUUGA